CUGGGCCAACCGCUGGUGAACUUAGCCUUCUGGCUGUGUACAAAGUUCUUAUGGCUUUGCUUUCAUUAAUUAACUCGAGGCCCCGUGAACACGCGCAAUCCGCGUGCCGCACACGAGGGUUGCUGCCCAGGACCGGUGCUGUCUACUACCAGCAUCAUCCGUCGCUGCUCGAGACACUUGUAUUGUUCUACCAACCGCCUGCUUACUCCUUCUCACCUUCAACAACCUACUCCUUAAAUCACAUACCAUGCCUCCAACAGACCUCAUGAAAAAAUACCCCUCUACCAACUCAUAUGUGAAUUUAAAACUUGUGCUGAUCGGAAACGCUUCAGUUGGGAAGAGUAGCUUACUCCUCCGCUUGUUGGAUGAUCAACAGUUUCCCGAGAAGAACAUCGUAACUGUUCUUGAUCUCCACGUGCAUAAGAUGGUAGUCAACGGGCAGAAAGUGAGGCUCAAUAUAUGGGAUACAGUCGGCCAAGAACGCUUCAACUCAAUCAGACGCCCGUUCUACCGUGGUGCUCAAGGGAUCAUACUUGUGUAUGACGUAUCAGACCGCGGGUCAUUCGAAGCACUUCCGAAAUGGUUUUCUGAAGUCGACCCCCACGUCUCAAUCGCAGUGCCGAAGAUUAUUGUUGGAAAUAAGGUCGAUCAGGAAGACUCUCGUCAAGUCUCCACCACCGAGGGUUCCACUUUUGCCUCUCGUCAGAAUGCCCUCUUUGUUGAGGCCUCUGCAAGGACAGCCGUCGGGGUACGCGAGAUAUUCGAGGAGCUGGUGGCGCAGAUUCUUGAGACCCCAGAGCUGUGGGCAUUUGUGACACCGGAAACUGUUAAUGUUCUACUUGCGAAGAGCAAGGAGGACGGUAGGAGUUGGCGUUGUGCAUGUUAGAUUCGAUGUGUAAGAGGUUGUGUUCCAAAUGCAUAUGUAGCUUCUCGCGGCGUUAACUACUGUAUCUGCAACUUUAACUGUAUCUGCCCGACUUAUGAUGGUCAAAGAGCAGGCGUCGCCC